GCCCGCCGGGAGGGCCGCGCGAGGCCCGGCGUGCGCCCCCGCCUCUGCCGAAGCGCCCGGCCCCGCGCCGCCCCUCCUUUCCCUUUCCGCUCUCUCCGCCUCCGGAAGCGCGGGCGCGCGGCGCCGGGAGCCCGUUCAGGGUCGCGGGAGUGCGCCAGCGCCGCGCGUGGGGCUGUGGCGGCCGGGGCUCUCAGGUGAGGGGCGCGCGAGCGGGUCCUGCCUCCCUGCUCACGGGGUGCCCGACACGCUCCCUUUCCGUUCGAAUCCGUUUCCCCGCUCCGGAGCCCAGGCGGCGGCGAGUACUCGGGAUAUAUUUUUGCCAUCAUGGAUCAGUUUGGAGAUAUAUUAGAAGGUGAAGUCGACCAUUCUUUCUUUGACAGUGACUUUGAAGAAGGAAAGAAAUGUGAAACUAACUCAGUUUUUGACAAGCAAAAUGAUGACCUGAAGGAAAGAAUAGAUAAAGAUACAAAAAAUGUGAACUCGAACACUGGAAUGCAAACAACAGAAAAUUAUCUUACUGAGAAGGGAAAUGAAAGAAACCUGAAACUUCCCCCAGAACACCCUGUAGAGAACGAUGUUACACAAACUGUAAGUUCUUUCUCAUUGCCAGCCUCUUCAAGAUCAAAAAAAUUGUGUGAUGUUACAACAGGACUUAAAAUACACGUGUCCAUUCCAAGUAGAAUUCCCAAAAUUGUAAAAGAAGGUGAAGAUGAUUACUACACAGGUGGAGAGGAAAGUAGUGAUGAUGGGAAGAAAUACCAUGCCAAGUCCAAGUCCACCAAACCAUCUACCAACGUUAAAAAAAGCAUAAGGAAAAAGUAUUGCAAAGUUAGCUCCUCUUCCUUCUCCUCUUUAUCUUCCUCAUCUUCAAGUUCAAGCACAGAUUGUUUAGAUGCAGCAUCUGAUAGCCAUCUAUCUGAUUCAUCUCCAUCAUCCAAGAAACAUGUAUCUGGUGUAACCCUCCUGUCACCAAAACCGAAGUAUAAAUCAGAAAUAAAAUCGACAGAAACACAGCCUUCAAGUAUGACACCAAAAUGUGGCCACUACCCUGAGGAGUCUGAAGAUACUGUGACCGACGUAAGUCCCUUAUCAACUCCAGACAUUAGCCCUCUUCAGUCUUUUGAACUGGGCAUAGCAAAUGAUCAAAAAGUGAAAGUUGAAAAGCAAGAAAAUGUGAGCCAAGAAAUAUAUGAAGAUGUUGAGGAUUUGAAAAAUAAUUCAAAAUAUUUGAAAUCAGCCAAAAAAGGGAAAGAAAAACAUGAGCCUGGUCUGUCCUCAAAGUCGUCUUCAGUGUUAGACUCCAGUUUGGAGCACAGACAUAAACAAAAAGUCUUACAUGACACAAUGGAUCUGAACCAUCUUUUGAAAGCUUUUCUGCAAUUAGAUAAAAAAGGACCACAAAAGCAUCACUUUGAUCAACCUUCAGUAGCACCUGGGAAAAACUACUCUUUCACAAGAGAAGAGGUGAGACAGAUCGAUCGGGAAAAUCAGAGGCUUUUGAAAGAACUGUCAAGACAGGCGGAAAAGCCAGGAAGCAAAAGUACAAUUCCUAGAUCAACUGAUCAUCCCCCAAAGUUAUAUCACAGUGCUCUCAACAGACAGAGGGAACAACAAAGGAUUGAGAGAGAAAACUUGGCUUUAUUGAAAAGGCUUGAGGCUGUGAAACCAACAGUAGGUAUGAAACGCUCAGAUCAACUGAUGGACUAUCAUCGCAAUAUGGGCUAUCUCAGCUCAUCACCACUGUCAAGACGAGCCAGAUCCACUCUCGGCCAAUACAGCCCAUUAAGAGGAGCUUCCAGGACAUCCAGUGCUACGAGUGGUCUCAGUUGUAGGAGUGAGCGAUCAGCUGUUGACCCCUCCAGUGGCCACCCUCGAAGAAGACCUAAACCCCCUAAUGUCCGUACAGCUUGGUUAUAAAACACUUUUUUUUACUUUAAACAUUGUUCACACAACUUUUAUUGAAGUGCUCAUGCUAUUACGAUAAUUCUCUGUGUAAACAUCUAUAAUACCGUUUAGCAAUUUAAGGUGUACAACAGUGCGUUGUAAUUUAUUGUUAUUCAGUGCAAAAUUAUUGUCAAAAAGACGAUUUAAUGUAAAAAGUGUUUCCUGAGGAUGUAUUCAUAUAAGAUGUGUUCUUAAUAGAGAAAUUGUGGUAUGCAUGUGUAUCUUCUCAUUAUAGAAAUUGAUUCCAUUGUCAUGCUGUCAAAAUAGUAAUGAUAGUAUCAUUGCAUGUUGUACCCAAGAUGUUCACUAUAUAGUUUUCAAUUUGUGUUAUUUUCAUUUGUUUAUAAGCGUUAUACCAUGAGCUUAGCUCCUAAAUUUGGCUGGCUUUGUUUUUCAUCUGCUUUAGAACUUACGUGGCAUGGCGUAGCUUGAUUGUAUGAGAUUGAACACUGAUUAUGAAACAAAUCUUGAAAUGUGUUUUCAUUGGUAGAGCUGAUCUAGAUUUGAUGAGCAGAUUGAGAGACGCUUCUAUUGGAGCAAUUCUUGUAAUUCACCAGAGGUAUCUAGUUAUUGUAUAAGUGCACUGAGUGUUAGAUCUUAAAAGUUUGAUCAACCAUUCCAAACCAUUUCAAAUACGAAUAUUAGAAAGUUCAACUUAGAAGCUUCCCUUUGUGUUUUUAUGCAUUCCGGUAAAGUCGUAUUUAUGAUUCUUAGAAAUGAGGUAGGUUUUAGAGCUACAGUCUUCUAACUUGUGACUAGUUUAAGGACCACAUCAGUUGCAUCAUAAGCAAAACCUAUAGUAUUUGUUGAAUCAGUGAAAUGGCACUAUCAGCAUGAAGAGCCAAGAAGCAGAUCCUGAGGGUGCUGGACAAUGUUUUAGGUAAUUCAGUAUUUACUGUGUUAUUAGAGAAGACCUAGCAUAAGAAAGAAAUGCUUUAGAAAUUCCAGUAAGUAUUUAUAAGGCCUGAAAAAACUAAAAUUUGAACAAAAAGGGAAAUAAAUCACACGUUUGCUGAG